UACGACAGCCCUGCUCAGUUCUGGUCAGUCUUGGUAUCAUGCUUGUACCUACUCGCCAUUACCGACAGAAUAGGCUACUGAUACCAGUAUGAGAUAUCCCUUGACAUCAAGUUCUGUUGUCUGAUGUAAAGGAAUGGAAAGAUGAAUGGACCGGCAGGCAGUGCUGGUAUCUUUGCAAUAUCAAUCGCACUGAUAGUUUACCAUACAGAUGCUGUCAAAAACGUCACACUGAAUGACUAUAUGUGUAAUUCUAAGAUUUAUAACUUGGAAUAUAGAACGCCUUGGUCAAUAGAAUGGAAGGGACAAAAACUACCAAACUACUGUCGCGUAGGAGUCCGGGCCAAGGUUGUCAGUGUAACGAUAUGUUUUACCAUCGAAAAAUAUCUGUUAGACACCUGUGGAUUUUUACUUGGGAUAUACUCAGAAUACGGCGGUGAUCCUCUAAAGAUAUAUAGCUGCAGUGCCCUACGUAGGAAAAUAAAGUUUUGCAAACAUGGUUAUAAGCUACUCUACCUACAGAUUACUUCCAACUAUACCAGAUUAGCGUCCUACACUCCUGAAGUUAGAAUCGCCGUCUAUAUAGAUGCAGGUGAUACAACUGGCAAAUUCCCUGAUGGAUCAUCCACUGCAGAUAUUUUAGGGGUUAUAUUUGGAAGUUUAUUCUUUUUUACCAUCGCAACAUGUCCGGUUCUUCUUCGAGUAGGAUUUUCCAGAGUCUGUGAUACCCUGUGUAGUAUUUGUAACAGCAUUUCACACUGUUGUGACUGCCUGAGCUGUGAUAAAGAGGAGGAUGAGGAGGAGGAGCCCGACCCUAGCCUACAGUAUAGAGAGACUGUAGUGACCCGCGAGCCGGGAGUAUACACUGUGGCGAAUCCGUCUGAUGCCGUCAGUUUGGGUUCACUUGAAUCUUUAGAGGAAUCUAGGUCCAUGCUAUGUUUCAAUGAAUUGGAUCCUCCAACAUUCCCUCCCUCGUCAUAUGUGGACAAUAGCUGUAAUUCCUCUGCUUCCGUUUCCCUGUCGAAUGUGGAUAAUGAAAUGGAUUCUUACAUUGCCCCGCCCCCAAAUGCGUCCUCCGCUGCGUUACUUCCGGAUGUACCACCUCCUUCCUAUAACGAAUGCCAGCACAAUACAAAAUAUGUAUGACAUAGAUUCAUAAUCCAUGACUAAGUUUGUAUCUGCUAUACAUGUGGGUUUUUACGUUUAGUAAAAAUGAUCUGCUUAACAGGAGCAAGGUAAAGAGUUAACAUGAUUUUUUGAUCAUUUGAUGUUUCAUUGAUAAAUAUAUAUUAAAAAUAGAGUAACAAACAAUAUACUAUCAACUUGAGUAUUGUAAUCAUUAAGGUUAUACUAGGGUAUAUUUAGUUCAUGUUUAGCCCACCAUCUGAUGAUGAUAAUGAACUAUUAAAAUUGCCCUUCGUCCAUGAUCCUCAGGUAGCCCGUUCGUUCGUAAGCAUUUCUUGUUAACGAUUCUUUAUGAAGUAAAUUCUUCUUGACGCUUUUUUGUGAAGUAAUGGAUUCAGGAUAUUUCUCAAGCUUAAUUUUUACUGUAGGUUCCCCUUUGUCACUAAAUAUACCGAAUUCAUUUUGAGUCUGGUCAGAAAAUAAAAUGGCCGACAUGUUUUCAUCUUGAAAUUUGGCAGAUGAAGUUUAUUGUCGCUAUUUCUUGGCAAUACCGGAAGGAUAUUUUUCAAACUUCAUAUGAAGGUUACUCGUGUUUUAAAAUGAUGAAGGUGAGACGGGAAAGAGGAGGAAAAGCCAGUCUUAUAGAGAACCAAUACAGAUAAUUCAAUGGCGGGCACCAAGAUCCCCGUUGGAACUCUGCGGUAGAUGAUAUGUCUUUGUACGCUAGAGGCAUAAGAAAUAUACUAGCACCAGCACAGUCUCACUUUUUUUUUUUUUUUUUUACUUUUUCAUGAAUACUUAUAACUCAUUUGUUGCUUCAGAAUGUUUUAACUGAUUUCUACUUUGGUUAGGAUAUAAUGAAAUAAUAAUGGUGUGUGAAAAACUAAUUUAUUAAAAUACAUGUAUAUUAUUGCAAA